GUCGGCCGUCAUACGCAACAGACAACGCGUGCAAAUAACGGGACUUACGGGAGAUUCAUUUCAGCUUCUUCUUCAACUACUUCGUCUACUUCUGUUUCAGUUUCUGUUUCUUAAUCCCCUCGGCUGGUGCAAAUGAAAGAAACGUGCAAAAAAACUUGAGCAGAAUUUUAUACCUGAGACCCAAAGUGAAUGUCGGGUGUUGUGUGAGCGAGACACCGAUAUAGAUAGACAGUUGCAGAGUGUGUGUGCGAGACAGGGAGAGAGAGAGAGAGAGAGAGAGAGAGAGGGAGAAGUGCGCGAUUUAUUUACGAUAAGAUUAAUUUAAUUAAACAAACAAAGACAAUAACUGUCUUAGCUUCUUCAGUUAAGCUAUCUAUAAAAAGCAAAACUAAAGCAAUUUAUAGAAUUAAAAACUUUGACGUGCGGUAUAAAUGUGAUUUAGUUUAGUUUGUGCCUAAAAUGCAGACAGGCUGCACCACAGCAGCAGCAACAGCAACAGGUGAAAAACGACAAUAACAACUAGCUUAACAACAACAACAACGAGAACAAUUGACAACGUGCGCUGAAGAACCAUCGAGGCGAGCAAAAUGUAUGUGGCCAACACAACAGGUGGCCUAAUGCUGCAGACGAUGCUCUACUUGGCCAACCACACGAGCCGAGCCGCCGUCAACACGCUGAUCGAUAUGCCACCGGCACCCAAAAGCGAUAUUAACGAGGUGAAGUGCUUUGGCGUCUACGGCUGCUUCCCGAUCAACGGGCCGUGGAACACGGUGACGCGCACGAUCAGCGUGCACCCGCAGAAGCCGUCGGAGAUCGAGCCGCACUACACGCUCUACACGGACCGCUCCAUGGAGCACGCCAAGUACAUUGACCUGAACGACCCGGACAGUGUGCAUACCAUGGGCAUAAAUCCCAAGGGGAAGCUCUAUUUGGUGGUGCACGGCUAUUUGGAGUCGGGCGCAAUACCCUGGAUGCUGGAGAUGGGACGGACGCUGCUCAGCCAGUGCGCGGAGGGCGAGUGCGCUGUCAUCAUUAUCGACUGGGGUGGGGGCUCGAGUCCGCCGUAUGUGCAGGCCGUGGCCAAUAUACGACUCGUCGGCUCCAUCACUGCCCACGUGAUUCACAUGCUGUACGAGGAGCUGCGGAUGCCCAAUCUGGACAAUGUGCACAUCAUUGGCCACUCGCUGGGCUCCCAUCUAUCCGGCUAUGCGGGCUAUCAUCUGCAGCACGACUUUGGGCUCAAGCUGGGCCGCAUCACGGGCCUGGAUCCGGCUGCGCCGUUGUUCACGGACACCGAUAGGAUUGUGCGCUUGGAUCGCUCCGAUGCGAAAUUCGUGGACAUUCUGCACACGGACGCCAAUCCGCUGAUGAAGGGCGGCUUGGGCAUCAUUCAGCGCAUCGGCCACGUCGACUUCUAUCCGAACGGCGGCUUCGACAAUCCCGGCUGCGACAAGAAGCUGCAGGACGUGAUGAAGAACAACCGGAAGAACACCUUCUUCAUGACCAUGCAGGAGUUCAUCGGCUGCAAUCACCUGCGCAGCGAGCAGUUCUUCAUGGAGAGCAUCACGAGCAAGUGCCCCUUCCUGGGCAUCACGUGCGACUCGUACGAGAGCUUCAAGGACGCAAAGUGCAUCAGCUGCGAUGAGCCGGGCCAUCUGUGCAUGCGCAUGGGCUUCCAUAGCCAGCAAGACUACGAGGAGCAGAAGUCGCGGGGCUUGAUCAAGCCGAAGGAUCCGCCGCCCGUCUUCUAUAUGAUGACCAGCGAUCGGCCGCCCUUCUGCCGGGCGCACUAUCGGAUAACGGUGCGUGUCUCCAGUCACGACGAGAGCACACUGCACGGCGGCGAGAUCGGCACCCUGUCCAUUCGCCUGCACGAGGAGCGCAACAAGAAGAAGACAACGGAGCGCAUGAAGUUCUCACAGAAGGCCAUGUACUUCGAGCCGGGCUUCGAGUAUACGGCCUUGCUGCCUGGGCGCGACCUGCAGCAGCCGGGACACGCCAGCGUCUACUGGGAGUACCAGACGAACUUCCUCAAUCCGCUCACGUGGCGCAUCCUCUCCUCGCCGCGCAUCUAUCUCGAGUACAUUCUGAUCGAGUCGAUGGAGUCGAGUGAUCUCUAUCUGAAGCUCUGUCCGCUGCACGAGGGUGCCAUACUGUCCGGCACGGAGAAUAUUCUGCAUGCGCAUUACUGCAAGGACUAGCCCAUCCAAUUAGCCUCUAGUUCAAUUCAUCGAUAGCUUUGCUCUGCUGCUCCCAAAAGCGGGCAACACAAACAGCUCUCACUCAGUGAGGCCACUCAACCAAUUCGCUUGGUUUCUGUCUUGGCUGAUAGAAGCUCACCAAUUAUUGUCACUCAAUUAAGGCACUCAACCAAUUCGCUUGGUUUAUGUCUUGGCUGAGCAGAGUUGAAACUAUUCUCCUUUUGUGUACACUGUACGCCUUAACUGAGCACAAUUUCGACUGUUCCCGCUGUUUGUGUUCAGCAGAGACACACACCCACACACUAAGCAGCAUUUUGUAUUU